CGGAAGUUUCCGAAAUUGAUCGAUUGAUUCCGCCGCGAAUCGGAAAUUUAACAGGAAGACGAUCGCAGCAAAACAAUAAAUCCAGGCGACAAAUGACUCAUAACUGUCUUUUUCUAGAGUACAUUAGGGUUUUUAACAUGAAUGGAAAAUGAGUUGACAAUGGCCUGUGUGUAAAAUUAUGUUUCGCUGACACGACGACCGACAUUCGUCCAAGAAAAUGUCAAAAUUCUUUCGCUUUCUCAGUCGGCGACGAACAGGGAGAGGGGUGAAAUCGGACCACAUAGAUCACGGAGGGCAUACAGUGAAGAGGAAAAAUGCGGUCCAGUGCACAGUCAUGCUACUGGAUGGCACUGACUUCACGACAGAAAUUCACAAAAAAGCAGAGGGCCAUGAGCUAUAUGAACAAGUAUUUUAUCACCUUGACCUCGUGGAGAAGGAUUAUUUUGGACUACAGUAUACAGACCAUCACAGUGUCUCUCAAUGGCUUGACCCAACUAAAAAGAUCAAGAAGCAGGUUAAAAUUGGACCACCCUAUACAUUUCGAUUCCGGGUGAAGUUUUACUCUUCAGAACCUAACAAUCUGCAUGAGGAGUUGACCAGGUACCAGUUCUUUCUCCAAGUGAAGAAUGACAUAUACUCAGGGCGGCUGCCGUGUCCUCAAGAUACCCUGAUAGACCUGGCCGCAGAAUCUCUACAAUCUGAGCUCGGAGACUUUGAUCCUGAGGUUCACACUCCGGGACUUGUGUCAGAAUUCCACUUUGUCCAUGAUCAGACAGAGGAGCUAGAGCUUGCCAUAUUUGAAGCCUAUAAAACAAAAACGGGCCAGACACCUGCCCAGUCAGAACUGAACUUUUUAAUGAAGGCCAAGUACCUAGAGAUGUAUGGUGUAGACAUGCAUACUGUCAUGGGUCGGGAUGGACAGGAGUAUAAAUUAGGACUCACCCCCACAGGGAUACUCGUUUUUGAGAGUCAACAGAAAAUUGGACUUUUCUUUUGGCCUAAGAUGACAAAGUUGGAUUUCCAUGGAAAGAAGCUUAAACUGGUGGUAGUGGAAGAUGAUGAUGAGGGCCGAGAACAAGAACACACUUUCGUUUUCCGCCUACACAGCGAGAAAGUGGCCAAACACCUGUGGAAGUGUGCUAUAGAGCAUCAUGCUUUCUUCAGACUGAAAGGACCUGUGAAAGGCCCGAAUGCCAGACAGAACUUCUUCAGAAUGGGAUCAAGGUUUAGAUACAGUGGAAGGACAGAAUAUCAGACUGCAUCUGUGAGCCGUGCGCGACGAAGUGUGAAAUUUGAGAGGAAGGGCAGUCAGAGGUACUCAAGACGACCUACUUUUGAAAAACGAGAGAGGGAAGAGGCCAUGAAACGGGAGGCAGAACGAAAGAAAAGAAGAGAGGCAGAAAAAGAAAGACGGAGGGUUCAGGUGGAAACUAACAAAGUUCCUCCCCAGUCCCCCACUACCCCAGAGGCCACACCUGUGACUCCACCCCCAAAAUCUCCACGGAUCAAUGGAUCAGUAUCCCCUUCUGCUACAGGUGCUAUGGAUAGAUUGGAUGCCCUUAUCAAAACAGAGAAUGAAAAGAAAGCUUCCACCACUGUAGAUCCACCAACAUCCCCUAAAGCAGCUGGAUCCUCCAAAGCUCGGGCACCACUUCCUCCUCCACCCCCAGAACCAGAAAUCAGCCUCAGAGAAGCUUCAGAGAUGGCUCAGGCCAAAAUAAAGGGUUUAGAUGAGUCGGCACCAAAACACAAUACAGUACCACCCCGCCCAAAACCCAAUGUCAACAGCUUUAAGAACAACCAGGUGAAGUUUGCCGGGGGAGCCGCCACCAUACCUCCCGACCAGAUGAAGUGUAACAUCUUCAAAGCCAAAAUGGAGGAAGAAUUGAAGAAAGCACCAGUGGUGGAUGAGGUCAAUGUCAAAGAUGAGAGUUUUAUUGAGAGUGAUAGCAGAAGCACAGAGAACAGCAGUGAGGAGGAACAUUCCGAGGAGGAGAACGAUGAUAUUGACGAGGAAAAAGCCAAGCUUAGAGUUGACAUUCCCCCUAUUGAUAUUGUAGAUGCCCCCCACAGCCCAAGAAGAAGACAAUUUUCAAAGACAAGCUCUUCCUCAAGUUACAAAGGAUCUGAUAGACCCACCCUUGCCCAUCAGUUGGAUAAUGAGGUCUUCGACAUGAAUACAGCCCCUCCCAGAUUGAAUUCCCCCUCCCAGAGCUCUGAGGGGUCUACCUGUGCCUCACCUGUAGAGAACAAGCCACCCUCACCCAUAUCACAGCCACAGGAAGAAUUGUCUCACCCCCAGUCGCCCAAAUCUCCCCCCGCCAAUGCUUCUAAAAUUCCACGCUUCAACACUGCUGCACCAGCCAGUCGCAUCACACCCCCCAAGGCCAUCCCCCGAACAAUUCCCAACUCAGACUCCAUUCCUGAAGCUGAUUCAGUGAUUAUUGAGAAGAGCGGUGGAGAACUACAGGAGAGUUCUUCAAAUUGUAGCACGGCAGAAAGACCCAAACCAGCACCCAGGCCUAAAACCAGAAUCCCCAAUCCCUAUAACUCCACCCGUGAUGAAAGCAAAGUGGCUAGAUCCACCAAUCCAUUUUUGAAGUCACCUGAUAGAGAAAUUGCCCCCUCCCCUAUCAAUCCAUUUGUGAAGCAAAAAUCAGUAGAGUGUGAGAUGCCCCUUAGCACAAAUUCCACAGCUCCACCUACAAGUAAAGUGGAAAAUGUGGAGGAAGAUUUAGGAGCAUCAAAGAAAAACACAAAAAAUUUGGAAAACCAAGGGAAAAUAACCAACACAGAGGCUAACAAGCCUUCUAAUAUUCCUCGCCCAGGCAGCAGCAUCCCGACUCCCUCCAGCAGAAAACCCGCUACCCAGUCUGCUUCGGUUCUCCAGGGGGGCGGGUCCAAUAUUCCCUCCCCCACCUCCUCCUCUAUCCCUGUCCUCAGAUCCACCUCUGCCCUGCCAGUGUCCUCCGGUGGAAGCACCAUGGGGUCAGGAAUCCCACUGCCCUCCAAAAAGGAACACCACCAACACCAUCACAACCCCGUCUCCUCUGUUGAUUCAAAUCCAACUGCCACAAAAGGGUCUAAAACUAAAUCUUCUUCAACUAGUCUGCCCAUUCCCAAGGCAACCAACAGGGCUGCUUCAAGGAACAAGUCAGAUUCUACACAUAACAGGUCUGCAGUGAAUGGAAGUGAUGAACUUUCACCUUGGCAUGUGACUGCCCCGGAAAAACCUCCCAAAGUGGAGAAAAUUAGCAUCAUAACAGAAAUUUAACCUGUUUUUAUUUUUGUGUAUUUUCCAUGCGUUGUUGCAAAGUUAUAUAUAUGCUAGACUUAUGGAGUUGUUCAGAGAAGAGUAGAAAAGGUCGUAAUAGAAAUGUCCUGUUCAAGGAAUUUUUUUCUCUCAAUCAUUCCAUUGGAAUUUUAUUUUUAGCAUCAUGAAUUCAUAAAUUACUGUAUUCUCUUUAUUGUUAAUAAUCUUAUUAGAACGACUGAAAGUUUAUAGUUUAAGUGAUCUAUCUCAAAUAAUGAAUUGUGUGUUAUUUUCUUUGCUUAGUUUUAAUCAUAAAGCACACUUUGAUCAAAAUACUUGUUUUAUUCCAUGAUUUUAUUUUUACAUGUUGUAAGAUUUGUAAAUCUUUUUUUCAUGUAAUGGGCUUGUUUGACUCACAAAGGGCAUUUUUGUUAACAUUCUAAGCUUCCUCAGCAUAUAGCAUUAUGAAUCAGCUUUACUCUCAUUUGUCAUUCUGCAUGUUUCCACUUAGGCUUUACCAUAUAUCAUUUUUAUAUGUUCUGUCAGGAAAAAAAGAAAGAUUCUGGGAUAUUUUACUCAAGAGUUGUUUGUGAAGGGAAAUAACUUUCUUAUCAACAGAAGAAAAGACGUUGAAAAUUUCCCUCGUUAUUGCUAUGUAAUUAGGCAUUGAUAAGUAAAGGAAGGCGAUUUUCAUAUCAGUAGGAAAAUAUUAUGGACAUUGUGUAUUUUUUUUUUUUUUUUUGGUAUGCAUGAUUAACCAUCAGGUGUUAUACACAUAUUUGUUGUCCACUGUUAGAAACAAGUGGUGUUUUGCAAGUGCUUCUGUGUUAUUUUUGUAUCAAUAUUGUACCCCCUAUCAUUUUAUGUAAAUAGUUGCAUGUUUCAUUGAUUGACUAGCAAAUAUUUAUGGUUUAAUUUUAAUACAAGUUUUUUUUUAUCGCAAACACUUAAUUGCAAUUUAUAUUAACACAUCGUUUUCUAGCACAACAUGCACAGAUUUAAUAAUUUAACUUUUUUUUUUUAAACAGGAAUAAGGUAAUUUUUAAAUCAUUUUUUGGUUGUUGUUGAAAUUCUUAAACUUUUUUUCCACUCAUAUACAUGGUUACACGUUUUUGCUGGUACAGUGAUUUAUUUGAGGCAGUUGAAGUCUACACGUACCAUAUCAGGUUGUGUACUUUUAAUAAUUUUAUUUUUUUUUUUUUUUGAAUUAAUUUUUUCCAUUUUACCAUAUCUGGGUUGUGCAUUUCAAUAAAUUCAUUAAAUUAACAAAAUUUAUUAUCAAUAUAGUAAAAGUAUAGGAUUUCUUUUUAAUAUAUAUAGGAAUUUUUUUAAGCAGUAUUUUAAUAACUUAUUUACAUUGACUUUUUUAAUCCAUAGUUUUGAUGAAGGACUUCAAAAUUCCAAUAUACAAUGCUUUUUAAGGUUGUAAAUUUGUUUUUUAUGCUGCGCAAAACUUUUUAAAUGUCUGAACCAACAAGUUUUAAAACCAUUGUUUUGAAAUUGUUAUAAGUAACACUAAAGAAAUUCAAACCAUUUUACGUUACAAAUUCAAAACCAUUCCAGUCAUUAGAGGUACAUGUGUUUUAGUUCAGAUCAUUCCAGACACCAGUUUUGUAUUGUUAUGUUAUUAUAUUACUGUCUUGUUUGGUUUACUUGGGAAAUUUAUAUUGCCAUACAUAAGUGUUUCACUCUAGUCACGUGAUAUUAGAAGUCCACCAUUAAUCAGAAAAGGUAUUCGGAGACCAGAACAAAAAAAAAAUCAUGUUGAAGUUAGAAGUAUUAUGUUGAAGAAGUGAUCUGAAACUUGUACAAAGUAAAUGGGUUGUAAUGAAAAAGGGUUAUUAAUUCUGCAUUAUGUUUAAUGUAUUAAAAAUGAAAAUACAAUGUACACAUUAUUAAUGAUUAAAAUUGGAUAAAAUACCAUUUUAUUUUGCUUUAUAGAUGAAGAGUUUAAAUUUAAAUUUAGGGUUUAAGUUUUUGGUUGAAAUUUUAACAAAAUCACAUGACAACAGCAGUCAUUUAGUAGUUUUUUUUUUUUACAAAGUUCAUUGCUUUCUUUCUCUCUCUCUUCAGCAUAGAAUAUAUUAAUCAGAUUUCAUAUUUCUUAACAAAUUUAAGAAUAUUCUACAUUCCCAAAAUGGUGCCUUUACCUGCUUUAUAAGUACUUUUUGCUUGGUAACGUAUAUCAAUGAAAUAUUUGUAUAUCAUAAUUUUUAUUAACCAUCUCUUGUAACUAAAGAAUGUGAUUUUUGUAUUGAUUCUUUAACCAACAUGUGCAAUAUGUGUACAAAUAUAUAAACUGUUUUUAAAUUAAUUUCUGUGGAAAGAAUUUGAUUUUAGCAAUGAAUAAUGUUGUAGACUUCAGUAGACUUGCAGCAACUGUGUAAUUAGGAGAUUUUAUGUUAAAUUUACUUUUAUAGUGUAUGUAACAAACCAUUAAGAUUAUGUAUCAAAUACUACCUUAUGAAAUUUGAAAAAAAGAUUUUUUUUUUGUUAAAACAGAAAUAUUAACAGUUACUGUGAAAUAUGUAGUAAGUUUAUACAAUAUAUCCUAAAGAUAUUUAGACAUUUCCUUCCUGUAUCAAAGCAUUCCAUUAUGCAGCAUUUUUUAAAAACUAGCUUUUCCCAGUUACAAAUAUUACAUGUAAAGUGAAAUAUAUUACCUAUGUAAUAAAAUAGAAUAAUAAAAAAAACUGUAGUGCAUAUUUUAAUCUAAGCCUAUAGUGUAAUAACAUCAUAUACUGUGUCCUUGUACAUAUUUCAGAAAAGCCAAUAGUUGUGUGUUAAACAGUUCUAUUAAUCCGUGGACUUAAAAUUUCAGUGUAUCUUGUUUACUGAUCUAUGUCAAUAAGAUUGUUAAUAUGUUAUUAAAUAUAUGUGACAGAA